CUGCGAGCGGCAUCGCCCCGCUCCGCUCCUGCGCGGCCGCUGGGGCGCCCGCGGCCGCGUCUCUCCCGCUGUCCCUCCCCCCCUGCCUCCCUCCCCGCCCGCUGCCCGCCCCGUCGCCGAGCGGGAGCCGCCAGCGGUGCGCGCAGAGCCGGAGCCGGGGCAGCCGCUGCCGCCCGCGCUGCCCCCCGCCUCGGCGCCCUGCCCUGCCCGCCGUUCCCCUCCUCCGUCCCGCCCAAGCCAUGAACUUUGGCCGCGGUCCCUCGGUGGUGUUGAACGUCGGGGGCACCCGGUACUCCUUCUCCCGGGAGGUGCUGAAGGAUUUCCCGCUGCGCCGGGUGAGCCGCCUGCACGGCUGCCUCUCGGAGCAGGACGUUCUGGAGGUGUGCGACGACUACGACCGGGAGCGGAACGAGUACUUCUUCGACAGGCACUCGGAGGCCUUCGGCUUCAUCAUGCUGUACGUCCGGCACGGCCACCUGCGCUUCGUGCCGCACAUGUGCGAGCUCUCCUUCUACAACGAGAUGAUCUACUGGGGGCUGGAGGGCUCCCACCUCGACUACUGCUGCCAGCGCCGCCUCGACGACCGCAUGUCCGAGACGUGCACCUACUAUGCGGCGGAGGAGCCGAAUGGCGGCCCCGAGGGCAAGGGCCGGCGGCCGCCGGGAGCCGAGGGCAGGAAGUGGCUCGAGAGGAUGAGGAGGACUUUUGAGGAGCCCACGUCUUCCGUGGCCGCCCAGGUCCUGGCCACCGUCUCCAUCCUCUUCGUCAUUGUGUCCAUGGUGGUGCUGUGCGCCAGCACUCUGCCCGAGUGGCGGGCGCCGGAGAAUCGCAGCAUGGAGGAGCAGAGCAGGUACACAGCAGAGUCAGUGAGGGAGCCCUCAGGGAUAAUUGAAGCUAUCUGCAUAGGCUGGUUCACUGCAGAAUGCAUUGUGAGGUUCAUCGUCUCCAAAAACAAGUGUGAGUUUGUCAGAAGACCUCUCAACAUCAUUGAUUUGCUGGCAAUUACCCCGUACUACAUCUCUGUUCUAAUGACAGUUUUCACAGGGGAAAAUUCACAGCUUCAGAGGGCUGGAGUCACCUUGAGGGUCUUAAGAAUGAUGAGAAUCUUUUGGGUGAUUAAACUGGCCCGUCAUUUCAUUGGCCUUCAAACACUUGGUCUGACUCUGAAGCGUUGUUACAGAGAGAUGGUGAUGCUACUUGUCUUUAUCUGUGUUGCUAUGGCAAUUUUCAGUGCACUUUCACAGCUUCUUGAAAAUGGGCUGGACUUGGGAACAAAGAAUAAGGAUUAUGCCAGCAUUCCUGCUGCUUGUUGGUGGGUGAUCAUCUCAAUGACCACAGUUGGUUACGGUGACAUGUGUCCCAUCACUGUACCUGGAAGGAUUCUUGGAGGAAUUUGUGUGGUUAGUGGCAUCGUUUUAUUAGCCCUGCCAAUCACUUUCAUUUAUCACAGCUUUGUGCAAUGCUACCAUGAGCUCAAGUUCCGGUCUGCUAGGUACAGUAGAAGCCUCUCUGCUGAAUUCUUAAAUUGACCCAACUUGCAUUCCGUUGUACUUACU